AUGGCGACGGUGCAGGCAAUUCGCAGAGCGAAAACGCUUGUGGAGGAAGUCAGCACUGGGCAGGAGUGUGGGCUGGUGUUGGACAAGACCUGCUUUUAUGCUGAGCAAGGAGGACAGACGUAUGAUGAGAGUUACAUGGUUCGAGAGGAUGAGAGCAGCGAGGAUAAGACAGAGUUCACCGUGAGGAAUACACAGAUCCGUGGAGGUUUCAUACUACAUGUGGGCACUGUGUAUGGGAACCUGAAGGUUGGCGAUCGUGUCAGUCUUUAUGUUGAUGAGACAAGACGUCGUCCAGUCAUGAAGAAUCACACCGCUACCCACAUUCUGAACUUUGCUCGGGGAGGCUGA